AUGUCUCGCCAAAACUUCCACAGCCCGUUUUCCGAGACGCUUACAGAGAUCCCCUCACUUCUCAUCGAUUCCACAGGGAUAUGGAAUGGGUUCAUUUUCGACAACAGCCUUGAAAGCGGCUUCUUACGGCUGAAAGAACCCCAAGUGAAAGACUUGCCUGAACUUCGAUCCAAUGUCCUGUCUCUGGACUUUAACAAUGUACCACUACCAGACCUCUCAAUUCCUCCUUCCUCUCCAUCGCGGUCCAGCCAGAAUGAGUUUUUUGAGGUGCAGGAGGAAUUGGGCGAGACAGAUGAUGAAGAGAUCACAGACAUUUGGGCACUCCCUGAAGUCUUUAAAAAAGUGCGAAGAAAUCGUUUGAUUUUCUGGGACAACUUCUUGGAUGAGAAACUCGAUGAGCCGCAGUCGGGUUAUCUUAGCGAAGUAAGCCCGCGAGUCUUCACUUUGAUCGCGAAUAGGCCGGCCACAAACUCGUUGAAAAUCGUGAAAGACGACGUACUUCUCAAUGCCGCCUUUGAGCUCGUUUUGGGACGAUCUUCAGGCUUGUUCCGGUGGAUUGCGGAGGAAAACUCCUUCCACACUUGCUGGGAGAACAUUAUCGCCAUAGGUUAUAGUGGCACUCUGCUACGAAACACCAUUGCCUUAUUCUCCAUCGUCGGUGGCGAUACCAGGAUACUGGUGGAAUCAUUCCGAGAUCUAGACGCCAAAAGCCACAGGGUGCUUCCUUCGAGGAUUGCUCUGCUAUCCGCCGCCAGGUCCGCUCUCUUUGCCAUUCACAAGCAUCUCGAAGACUUGCGUACGGAUGUAUCAUCCUUAUUGCAAGUAAAUCGAAUUGUUUCUAGGGUCAAGCCCUUGAUACAGAUCUUGACGAGUUGUUGCACGGCCACCAAGCCCUGGAAAUCGGACCACGAAGUGAUACUGUCUCUAACGAAAGAGACGUCAGCUGCGUCAAUGGCACAUUCGGGGCUCACUCAAAUAUUGCAGGAGAUUUUCACCCAGGCUGCCACGCCGGCUCUAGAAAAUCUGUGCUGUACAAUAGGGUUGUCAUCACCGUUAAGAAACGGUCAUACUCUAGACUGGACAGACGAAGAAGACCAAUCGUGGAGAAGGUUGCUCUCCCACGAGUCUUCACUUCUCGUAUCCCAGACGCAACGAAGUUUGCAAUUGCUCGGCCAAUGUUCAACGCAGGCUUCGGUCAUCCGAGACAGGAUGAAUAAAGCUGCCUCUACUGUGACCCUGAGACCUAUCUAUGCUUACACAGAUGUACGUGAACAAGAGAAAUUGGUCCUUGAGUACGAAAAUACAAUGAGACCAACAAUCCUAGCCUCAACCACCAAUACCCCAAUGACCGGGAGUAAGCUCACCGGAAUGGGGUAUUCAUUGGAAAGUGAAGAUAUGCCCGCAACGCAUCCUCAGGACCCUUUUCAUUUGGACAUGGAUCUCUUCAAUUCACCUGCGCGGGACGAAGCGAGGCGACAGAAGAGUCAUCUCGAACAGCAUGUCAUUUCCUAUCUGACAAAGCUUGGUAAUGAAGGUUCAGAACCACUGCAACUCCCGUUCGAUCAAGCUUUGGCUUCUUCAGUUGCACCAAUGAUUGCAGCACAGCACAGGCUACUAUCUUACGCGGUACUUCAGAUGCUUUUCGACAAGCACAACCUAAUUGCCCACAUCAAAAUCCAGCGAGACUUCCAUUUACUUGGCCAUCCAACAUUCUCCCAGCGUCUUACUACUGCUCUCUUCGACCCAAACCAGCGGAGUGGGGAGCAUAAUCGAUCCAGUGGUGGUUCAACGGGGCUACGCUUGCAAAGUCGGGAUGCAUGGCCACCAGCAGGAUCGGAGCUCAGACUUGUACUCAUGGGUAUCCUUUCUGAUAGUCUCACCAGCUCAAAAGAGGGCUCACUUGAGAGUACGAUCUCCUUUGCGAUUCGGGAUAUGCCCUCUGAUGAUCUCGAGAAGUGUCGGGAUGUGGAUUCCAUCCAUGCUCUGAACUUCCUCAGACUCCAGUACAAAGCACCCAACCAAAUUCUAGAAAACGUUCUUAGCACAAGCGUUCUCGACAAAUAUGACCGCAUCUUCCAACACCUUCUACUCAUCCUCCGACUUCACAAUGUGACUGAAGGCUUGUUGAGGGAUAAUUGUAAAACAAAAUGGGCAUCGAGAAAGGAGCUUACCCACCAGAAGCUUAUUCUAGAAAUGCACCAUUUUGUUAUGGCCUUGGCAGAUUACUGCCAGAAUACGGCUAUGACUCUUUGUUGGCAACCCUUCGAUGUUCUAUUGAAAAAUGUGAAAGCUUAUAUUGACGCAAAAGACUACGUAAGAACAUUGAACGCUGUGAGGAGCCAAGACUAUCUCAACACGCUGCACGAGCAGACGCUUGAUGAUACCCUUCGCGCUAUGUUGCUGAGGAAUAAACAAACAAAAGGUCUGAGGCUGCUGCAUGACUUGUUCGGUCUUAUCUUGCAAGUUGCUGCAUACAGACGAACUCAGACCGAAGCUAGUAGGACGCGCAGGAAUGAUGAUGAUAUUACGAUGAAACGAUACGAGCAUGAUUUUCGGAGGAACAUGGCUGAGUUGAUUGAUUUCUUGAGAAGCGAAACCCAAUCUCCUGCGCAGCAAACAGGCACAAAGGUUGAAUUUGGCAUUGGUAGUGGUGCAGGUGUGGAGGAGAAUCCAAUCGAGCACCUUCUCCUGAGGUUGGACAUCUUUGGUUAUUGGAGUUUAAAGCGAAACACGAGGAGUUCAAGUAUCGUCGUAUCCGGACAUUGA